AGGUGCCCCUGGGGUCACCGUGAGCAGCACCCCCCGAUUAAGGGAAGCCACUCUUGGAGGCUCCCGUUGUGCCCCCCUCGCUCUCACCCAGGCCCAUAAUAUUGGGAGGUGUGGUUUGGCAAUGCUCCUGUCGUGUGCAGGAUGCAAGAAACCAAUAAUGGACAAAUUUUUUCUUAAUGUUUUGGAACGAGCGUGGCACGGUGACUGUGUGCGUUGCUUCGAUUGUGGAACCGAACUUCAGGAAAAAUGUUUUUCACGUGAAUCAAAAUUAUUUUGCCGGAAUGAUUUUUUCAGGAGAUAUGGAACAAAGUGUAGUGGAUGUCAUCAAGGUAUAAGCCCCCAAGAUCUUGUAAGAAAGGCAAGAGAUAAAGUUUUUCAUCUAAACUGCUUCACCUGCCUUGUUUGUCGAAAGCAGCUGAGCACUGGCGAGGAGCUCUAUGUCCUGGACGACAACAAGUUUGUCUGCAAGCAAGACUACUUGUCGGGAAAGCCCCUGCCGGACGCCCGUCACGCUCAUAGUCAUCAUGAAUCGCCGAUUUUGCCGGCAGGUGGUGACUCCCUGAUGGGCUCGGGCUCGGAAGAUGAGGACGAAGAUGGAAGUAAUCACAUUCAUCAUCAUGAAGGAAUUGGUGGAUCACAUCUUGGACCACAUAGUUUAGGUCCCGGUAGUACGGGUGACCAAAGUGUUGGGCAUGUCAGUGACCUACCUCUUGGAAGUGACUCUUGCAAACAAGAAGACUCUGAAGAUCAGGGUUCCUUAGACGGUGAUCCUGAAACUAGAGAUAGCCAAACAGAAAACAAAAGUCCUGAUGGUGGUGCCGGUGGUGGAAGCGGUGAUGGUGGCGCUGGAUCAAAGCGACGGGGGCCAAGAACUACAAUAAAAGCUAAACAAUUAGAAAUAUUAAAAACGGCGUUUUCGGCAACGCCUAAACCGACGCGGCAUAUUAGGGAACAACUUGCGAAAGAGACUGGUCUACCUAUGCGAGUUAUACAGGUAUGGUUUCAAAAUAAAAGGAGUAAAGAGCGAAGGUUAAAACAACUUACGACGAUGGGAAGAAGUCCGUUCUUCAAUGGCUCUAGAAAAAUGCGGGGUUUCCCAUUAAAUCUUAAUCAUGGAGCGCUAGGUGGUGACGAUGGUCCGCCUCCUGGAUUUCCAUAUUUUCCUACUGAUAAAUUUGAAUUUGGCUAUGGUGCUCCUGUUCCAUUUCAUCAUGAAUUCUUUGGUGCACAUGGACCUCCUCAUCCGCAUGGGCCACCGUUCGCUGGUCCAGGUAAUCCGAUUCCCAACCUGUUUGUGACAGGUCUCGACCCUGCUAGUAUAGGAGGGAUGGCGGCAGCGGCUGUUGCGGGGGAGUAUCCACCACCAGGCGCCGCAGGAGGCCCCCCGGAAUUUCUCACGGGACCUCCGGGCCAAGGACCUCAACCACCGACGGGCGGCAGUCCCGGAGAGUUCCUAGCACCUACAGGCGGUGGCCAAGGUAAUCCCGGAGGAGGUGGUAAUUGUGGCGGUCCCGGCGGCGGAGGAGGCGGUGGCGGCGGGUUUCCUGAACAGCAACACCAGAUGCAAAGCGAGGGCCUCGUCUGGUAGAACAAGUUUAUGUUUAAUUAAUCUUAUCCACAAUCCAUCCGGACUCGAUUGUGAGCUAUCGAUUGUCAGCGAAAUUAUAAUAGUAUAUUAUCUAAAUAUUACAACACAAUAGUAUAAAUAGAAACAACAAUAAUAAAAAAUGAUUUAAUAAAUUUGUAAUAUAUAAGAGAAUAUACUAGUGACGAGAUAACGAUCGAGUCUGGUGGUAAUAACUGACAAUUUAAUUCCAGUUAUCGCAACAACAAAAAUCGCAAAGCGAUUUAUAUAUAUAUUUAUACAUAUAUAUACAUUUUUUUUUUGUUUUGUAAAAACGAUUAUUACAAAUUUAACUAUUAGUUUUAUUAAUAUAAUUAGGAAGUUAUUGUUUACAUAAAAAUGAUAUUAUAAUCACAUUAUUAUGUUUAUUAUUAUUAUUUUUUUUAUUAUCAUAAUAAUUAUUAUGAUCAUUAUUAUUAUUAUUACUAUUAUUGUGUACAAAAUUUAAAAAUUAUCCUGUCAUGUAAUAUUUUCUUGUUGAUUAUAAUAUUAAAUGUUAAUUAUCGCAUAAAAUCCUGUAGAUAAAAGCUUUUUUUACACGUGCAAUAAUGAAUAACUGCACUUGGAAAACCAGAUAAAAGAAAAAAGAGAAAAUUUAUACACAAUUAUACAAAUACAUAUAUAAAUACAAAUGUUUAUAUUUAUAUAUAAACAAAAUAUAAAUUGAUAUUUACGCUUGUUUAUUUAAAAUUUUAAAUAACAAAUUACACAUCACCGCAGAAACAGAUUAAUCAUGGAUUAUAAUAUUAAUUAGUCAGGUAAAACUCAAGCUAAAUUUAUUUAUUGAAUAUACAUUUGAAUAAUUUUAAUUAAAAUUUUUUCAGUAACACGGAGAUAAAUAUUAAUAUACACGCAGAGAAAUUUAUAAUGAAAAUCAUCCAAAAAUUUUAGGUAACGGAGGGAAAACUUGAUAUUCUUGGGGAUUAUACUACUUGUUUCAGUACUUUUUAAUAAAAUUUUAUUAAAAUAUACUUUAAUAUAUAACUACGUUUACUAAUACCUCAUGGUAAAAUUUCUGACAUAAAACAUCUAUUACUUUAUAUAAAUUUUUAAAAUGAGAAAUGACUAAAAAAACUAGUUCCAUCAGUAAAUUCGUCCAUUUAAAUGUGAAAAUUCCAACUUUUUUGAAACUUUGUACUACCCAACAUGGUAAUUUUAUCAAAAAUCUUUUAAAUUCGAAUUUGCUCGGAAAUAUUUAGCUCUUCUUGUUCAUUCUGGUGCGCUGAUAGGUUAGAAUCAAGGGUGAGCAGUAGUAACCGAAUUUUCGAUUUUUACGUUUCUAAUUACGUUUAGAAUAAUAACGUCACUCGAAUGAUGAAAAUCUUCCGAAAAAGUUUGUCUUACACAUUUUAUCGGAAACUAUAUAAAUUAUUAUAAUAACAAUUGAUUAAUAAAUUAAAAAAAAAGUACAAUUCAAAAAUUCGGUUAGUACGGCACAGCCUUGAUUACGUGACGUAUUGAAACGUCAGCAAGUAUCUCCGCGUAAAACAUCCUGUGGAUUUUCAUUUGUAUUAUAAAUAUAGAUAUGUAUUUGAAUGCUGAUAUAAUUUUCGAUAAAUUUGGUAGAUGAACUGUUUUUAUCAAUGUUAACGGCUAUUCAUUUCAAUGAAUAAAUUAUUAUUUAUUUUACAAAAUUAACAUGCUUAUAUUUUGUUGUUUCUAAGUAAUUGUAUGUAUGUUGAGCUACUGAAUGCGCCUGACUCAUUUUUUCAGCUUUCUUUGAAUUAUAAUUUAUUGCUUUUAUUUUUUUUUUUUACGAAUUUUUUACUGAACAUUUUAAUUUAGUAUAAUCAAUUACGAUGGAGCCACUAAAAAUUUAUAAAAUGUAAUUUAAUCUAGUGCUUUAUCAAAAUUACAAUGCACAUUGUAAAUUCUGUUCGGUGUCUUUGGAAAAUUUCCAUGUUAUCGUUAAUUUUUACCAUAAUUUUAUACUGUUCUUAUGCUACGAUUACUAUAGCAAUUUUUUUAUAAAUUUUUUAUAAAAAACAUCACUAAAUUUUCUGAGUAUAUUUAAUCGUACUACAGCUUUUUUCUUCUAAUACUUGAAAAUGUACAGAUAAGUAUUAACAAUUCGUAAUGACAAUAAAAAAAAUAUUUUGUUCGAGUUGUCAUUAAAAAAUUCCAACACUUUGGAUAUUUAUUACACUUAAUAUUAUACUUUUUUUAACAUCAAUAUCAUUAACUAAAUAUUUAAAGUAAUCAUUAAUUGCACAUUCGGUCCUUGAUUAAUCUGUUUCAACGGUACACUUAUACAAAAUUGUACUAAUAGCCAUAAAUAUAAAUAUAAAUAUAAAAAUAAAUGAUAGAACGUUUAACGAUAAAAACUGAUAAAACGACUAUCGAUGUAAAUAUAUAUAUGCUGAUGAGAAAAAAAAUGUAUUGAAAGAUCAAAAACAAAUGUUUAAAAAAAAUAUAAUGAAGUAAGGGAGAAUAAAUAAAUAAAGAUAUAUGAAAGAGUAUAUAUUAAAUAAAAUACUUCUUGGGUCUAAGUGAGAAAUGUACAGAUAUAGUAUAUAUCAUAUUCAUACUCUCGCUAC